UCUUUACCUCUUUUUUCGGCUCCCUCUUUCCCCUUUCCCUGCCCUCCCUGCUCUCGCUCCUUGUAUUCCUCCCAACGCGACGCGGCGGAUCUACCUACAGCUGCCGCCGUCGCCGUGCCGAUUCUACCUUAGCCUCAAUCCAACCUCUCGGGGGCGCGCACCGCCGCCGGCGAAACAAUCGCCGCCGCCAUCGCCGUUCCCCUUUCUUCCUCGGCCGCCGGCCGCCGGGACAUCCAGCUGCCCCGUCCAGUGUUUGGCCAUUGGGUCUCCUUCCAUACUUCCUUCCUCUGAGCCUGAGGUCGGACAUACAUCUAGAUCCGCCGCCCCUGUAUUUGUAUUACCAUGGAGACUGUACAUGAAUCAUGGCGGUGGCACGACGGCUACUGCUUGCACGGUUCCAUCUCGGAGUAACAGGACCUAAUCGCCUCCGGGUUCCAAUUCGUGUUCUAGUCGGACCUCCUCCGCCCUCCCUUCCAGUAAAGACGGCAGCUUUGCCUCAUGACAUCCACGGUUCAGAGCUUAUUAUUAUCGUCCAUGGAGCAGAAUAAUAAGCCACAAGACGAAGAUAGGCUGGGUGCCCUGACUGACGACAUCCUGCUCUCCAUCUUGGGGAGUGUGGACCUUGCGACGGCCGCAAGGACCAGCGCUCUGUCGACGCGCUGGAGGAGCCUGCCAUGGCUGCUCCCCGACCUUAACCUCCAUGUUAGGGAUUUCCUGCCCGCCCCAUGCCCAGAUUACCCUGUUGCUGCUGGGCAGCAGAUAUAUUUUUAUUCUCAAAUACCAGCGCAACACAUAGAUGAAGCAAUGGCAUCACUGACAAGAGCUGCUAGGAGUUUCUUGCGCAUCAAAGGCAGCAGCAGAGUCUCCAGAACGUCCCUUGAGAUCUACCUGAUUGGCAAUUACUCGCAUGAUAUUGGCCCGCUGGUCCGUGACGCCAUUGACAACGGCAUGAUAAAAGAACUGGACCUCACCAUUGCGGACGACAAGGAUUACGAUUGCAAAGGUGGAGACAUGCUACGGAAAGCACGGGACGUGGACGGGUUCUUCAGCGCCUAUCCUAAUAUACUUCCUUGCCUCACAAGGCUCCAGCUUUACAACCUGCGCUUUGCUGAGGGGGAUAUACAUAACGUCUUAUUUGAUUGCUGCAAGCAGCUGCAGCACCUUAGUCUGGAACACUGUGAUGUCGGCGACUGCUCGGUGUGGCAGGUAGACGCGCCGAAUUCGGUUCUCAGGGUUCUUGAAGUCCGCUAUUCCUACUUGAAGAGGCUUGAGGUGCUCUGCCUUCCCAAACUAGAGCUGCUCAGUUGGGAGGCGUGGAUGCACUGUGAGCCCCCCUUGCAUUUUGGUUAUGUCCCGUCCCUUAAGGAGUUAUUCCUUGUGUGUGGUGCAGACCUUGAGCACUCGGGGUUUAGUUUAAGCCAGCUUUUAGAUGGUGCCACCGAAAUUCAUACCCUGACCUUAAAUUUCCAAGGAGAAAAGCUUUGGAUCCUGCCGGAAAGCAAGCAACUCCGGGCCGCAUUCAGCAACCUAAGGAAGCUGUCUAUUCAUGGCAUAUAUGUUGAGUUUGACCUGUUAUGGACAAUAAAUCUCCUUGAAGCUGCUCCGAGUGUUGAGAUAUUUGAUAUUGAGGUGUUUGAACAUCCAUGUCUGGUACUAUAUUGGGAGCGCGUUGGCAUUCAAAGAGUGAAACCUUCUUGGAAGGUGGCUGGGUUCACAAGCUGUAACAAGUGGAAACUCAGAGAGCUUCAUGUGACCAACUUUAGUCCCCUCAUGGAGCAACAUAUGUUAUUUGUACGUGAGGUGAUGGAUCGAGCACCAAACUUGAAAACUGUUAUUUUGAAAGAAGAUGAUGAACCAUGCAAGGAUUGCGAGGCAAUGGACGCACUGCCUAAUCUGGUAGGAGGCUUGUUUCCAAGGACCAAAAAUGAGCAAGAAACAAUAGCCCAGCAACUUAGGGACAACAUGGUUGGCUCGUCCUCGGUGAAGAUAAUUUUCAAAAGUAUUGUUUCAACGGUGGUUUUCUGAACUUGUAUGUACGUUGAAUGCAAGUGCAAGUAGUAAGCGAGAAUGUAGUAUACAGGCUUUCUAUUGUGGGGUUUGCUCUAUUUUUUCUAAUGUUUAAAUUUAGCGUUCAUGUAAACGCUAAUGCACCAACAUUAGCAGUUGCAUCAAUUCAUUUUUAGGCGAGGCGGUUCCAGCAAGUUUGUAUUAUCUAGGACACCAGCUCAUUUAUUAUUAUUAUCUAGUACACGGAAAACCUAAGAGUUGAUGAA